AUGCCUACCAAUACUAUGGCCAAUAUGCCUGCUAACACCAUGGCCAAUAUGCCUACCAAUACUAUGGCCAAUAUGCCUGCCAAUACUAUGGCCAAUAUGCCUACCAAUACCAUGGCCAAUAUGCCUGCCAAUACUGUGGCCAAUAUGCCUGCCAACACCAUGGCCAAUAUGCCUGCCAAUACUGUGGCCAAUAUGCCUGCCAACACCAUGGCCAAUAUGCCUACCAAUACCAUAGCUAAUAUGCCUGCCAAAGCACCCUAUGUUGUCUAUAUGGAUAAUUACUUUACCUCAGUUACUCUUUUCAAAGAGCUGAGAGAUCUACAAUGUAGAGUAUGUGGUACUACACGCCCUCAGAAGGGGAUACCCUCUCAGCUUGUUGAGCUAAAGGAUUAUAUUAAAACUAUUCUAUAG